AUGCCUCCCAAGAGGCGCUCGGGCCGAGGUGGCGACCUGGACACGCAGGAUGCCAAGAAGACCAGGAAGGGCCCCUCGGCGGGGGACGCGUGCCCCGACUUCGAGCUGGAGACGGACGCGUCGACAUCGAACGCGAAAAAGACGCUGUCGCUCAAGGAACUUGUAGCAGACUCUGGUGUGGUCAUUUUCUUCUACCCCAAGGCCAACACUGGUGGCUGCACAACACAAGCCUGCGGGUUCAACGACAAUUAUGAUAAACUGAUUGCUGCAGGCUACAAGGUGUGUGGAAUGAGUGCAGACAAGCCACCAUCACAGGCGAAAUGGAAGGCAAAGCACAAUUUCAAGUAUCCUCUCCUGUCAGAUACAACCUUUGAGGUGAUGGCAAGCCUUGGGGUCACCAAGGGCGACAAGAGGAUCAAUAGAUCCCACAUAAUUGUGGAGAAAGGAGGGAAGAUCAAGGAAACAAAGAUUGGAAUAUCGCCAAAGAACAGUGUGCUGGAGGCAGUGGCUGCCUUGUGCCCUGAGCGCAAUGGCAAGGAUGCAAAUGCAAAGGACGAUGUUCAGAAGACGCAGCUGUGA